AUGCAGUCGCCUCUUGAAGGACUUCCGGACAAUGUCCUCGCAAAACUCGUCAAGGCAAUCCUCGACAGCGAUCCUUCCUACGCACCCCUGUGUCUCGCCUCGCUCGGCUCUCGCAUGCACACCGCAAGCGCAGCAGAACUCUUCAGCCACCUUCGCUUACUAGACGACGACGCCGCGCUCGCCCUGGACUACCCAGCGACCUCACAAAGCAACGCAUUCGCCUUGCUGUCGACCCCAUUGCGAUACGGAUGGGCAGUAAAGACCUUCGAACUAGGUGACCCCGCACCAGAAGUACUACAAGACGAAUCAUAUCGGCCCAUCGACGCCGAUGAGCUGGCUCGUCUGCUGAGGGCAUGCCCCAAUAUCGAGGAGUUCUUGUGGAAAUCAUCAAUGCCUCCGCCUGAUGGGCUAUGCGAGAUGCUCUUGGACAAGCCUCAACUACGGCGGUUCAUCAUCAACCCCUCACACCCCCAAGUACCACCUGCUCGUCAUCUACUCGCCAAAUGGGAUGCUCUCUCGCUUCCCUGUCUCUCGGGCUUCUCUUCCCUCGAAAUAUCUCGGCCUCUCACACAAUCAGGGGCUCACUCGCUCUCUACCCUGCUCACUUCGCUCGCCCCGACAUUGGAAUGUCUCAGCCUUGACUUUGUUUGGCUGGACGACUCAAUUUGCGAAGACAUCGCGGCCCUAAGUCGCUUGCGCAAGCUACGCUUAAGCACUGGCGGGACCAAGCUGACAGAUGGCGGGGUCAUCACUCUGAUGGAGGGAUGCGACGCGCUACAGGAAUUCAUACUCGACGACGUCGAAGGCCGGCUCAGCCGCUGCCUCUGGUCGAAGCCCCUCGCCUACCCGAAGCAACUGCACACCCUGCAAGUAAUAUUCAGCGAGGCCGAACACCACCAUUCGUGGUCGGCUGAUCACCUGGCCUCCAUUCACGAAUUCCCGCUCGAGAACCUGACAAGCCUAUCUGUCACCCGCCGCCUCGCCCCGCCAACUUCAGAUGGCGUCUACAUCAGAUCGACCGUCGGCGACGCUGUCGCCCUCCGCCCGUUGCCUCAGGACCUGCUCGACAAGCUAUCCUCAUGCCCGUCGCUGAGGAAUCUCGACCUCGACUUCUGGUCAUGCUCGAUCUCCGACGUGAAGACGCUGGUGCAAAAAUGCCAGCAGCUCGAGACGUUGCGCAUAUGCCUGGAUGCGCCGUUCUUGAAGCUUCUUGGCCUCGCGUCGUCCUUCUCGCUUCUGUCGAACCUGCGCACACUCUCGGUCUCGGUUGUGGAGGAGCAUGCGCCAGGCAAGGCGCCCAUACCCUCGGUACCAGGACAGCCGAUCGCGGUGACAAAGGGCGAAGAUGAGUCGAUGCCCAGUACCGUACGGGAUAUCAAGAAAUUCGCCCGGAAAAUGUCGAAGCUCUCAUUACUGGAAUGGUACGGCCACGGCGCCCGCGGCUCCUGGGCCAUCGAGCAUCCCGCCACCGCCUCCAAGCUCGGGCCCACCGUCACCGUCGAGUACUCCCCACCCGCCAUCUCUCCGGCCAUCUGGGAGAUCGUCCGAACGCGCGCCGGCUGGACAACAGACCACCACGACGGCACCGCCUACCGGCGCGCGGGGCACGACUGGGCCGGCGACCUCGCGGACUCGACGAUCGCGCGUACGGAGCUCGAACACCCCAGCGUGGUCUCGGGUGUGCGCAAAGCGCGCGCGCCGUCGUUGUCGCUGUCAUCCUCGUCUUCCAGCGGGGAUACGAGCCUGAACCUGCUGGCGACGCCCCCGUCGUCCGCGCUAUUCUCGCCAUCCUUCUUGCCUGGGGAUGGCAAGGGCGGCCGACCGUCGUCCCCGGAGCUCGCAGACGACCAGAUUGCGGACAACGUGCCCUCGAUGCAGCGUAGGUCACCCGGGAGACCCCGUCGACGGGUGACGUCCGACUCCGCGAAGAAGUCGACCACGGAUAAUGCCAGCACCGGCGCGCCGCGCUCCAAUAAGGGCGGUGCAUCGUCACGGUCGCAGACUGGGUCGGACGCACCACCCAGGCGGGAUACGGGCAAGGCGGCGACGGGACGCACGCGUGGCGGGCGCAGAAAUUCGGAACGUGCUGGGGGUCCAGGGGAGUCGGUACCGCCUACGACAACGGCACGCGGCGGUGCUCGAGGUGGCCGGCGGCGGAUGUCCUCCGCCUGA